UUCUUUCAUGUUCUCUAUCUCAAUUUUUAGAGCGCACUCUCCUUAUUCCAACAUUCUUUCUCCUUGUUCACUCGACGAGAAGCCCAGAACGGCACACUGCAGAAGCAGUUGCGCUUGUACGCUGCUUAUUCGAUCCAGCUUUUGAGGCAUCUUCAGCUGCUAACCGAGAACUGCGUUGGCAAAAAUCUGGCUGGACUUGCUGCAACACUAGCCGAGGUGAGUACUGGAGAGCCAGGAAAUCUUCUCUUCAUACACCUUUUGCAAAGAGGAGCCUUCCAUGUGAUGAUCAAGCAAAACCCGGACAAGAAUAAGCUGAGGCUCAAAAUGGUCACUAUCUUGGCCAAUCUUUUCACGAGGGAACGUCUGCCUCAUUGGUUCCAAAUGGAUGACAAGAAUAGCUAUCCUGCUGAAGCCAAAAAUCUGGUGAUUUCUUUUUUUUUUCACUGA